CUUAGUAUCUGUGUCUGUCUGUAGUUGUUCGACUCUUUCUCUCUCCUUAAAGUGCUCUCUUAAAUCCUUGGACCACAUGGCGCACGGCGGCUAUGCCAAGAGAAGGGUUUCGGAACCGAAUAACACGGCGGGAAGCGGCAGCCGGAGGUCGAAAGGAUUACGCGUCGAGAAGAAACCUAAGAUUGUCUCUCUCAAGAAUCAGAUGCGUUCUGUUGAACGCUUUCUUCGCAAAGAUUUGCCUCGUGAAGUUAAAGAGACUCUAAAACACAAGUUGGAGUAUCUGAAGAAGCAGCAAGAUGACCACACUCGUCUUGCUGUUGAACGUAAAGUAUUCCUCAGGAACCGUAAGAUUCGCUUCUUUGAGCGGAGAAAGAUCGAAAGGAGCAUUAGACGUCUUGAGAAGCUACAACGUACUUCAUCUGCUCCUGUGGACAUAGCUGAGCAACUCUGUAAACUCAAAGAAGAUCUUGAAUAUGUUAGGUUCUUCCCCAAGAAUGAGAAGUAUGUAUCUCUGUUUACUGGAGCUGAGGAUUCAGAAGUGAUUGAGCGGAGAAGUAAAAUGCGGAAGCAGAUCAAAGCCAAUAUUAUUGUUGCUGCUGCUAGUGGGAAAGAGUUAGAUGAGACGGGGAGUGAAGAUGAUGGUCUUCUGGAACUUAGUGAUGAUGAUUUCUUUGACAAAGGGAGCUCAAGCGAUGAAGCUGACGCUGAUGAUGAAUUAACUGAUAAAAGCACAAAGGAGGCUGCUUCUAGUAGAGCAACAUCUGGCAUGUCUAGUGAUGAAAGGAAUCAGAAGCAAAACUCGGCCAGGGCUCUAAUGCCACCACCACAAGCAAGGUUUGGACCAAAUGCUAGGAAGAGCUCGUCUAUGCAGAGGAAUGAGAAGCCAUCAUCCUCGAGAAACACUUCAAACAGAAGAAGUGAGUCUUCAUAUAACCCCACGGCUGCUGACGCAACUUCAUAUAGCAGUCAGAGUAGCAACUUGAGCUCCAAUUCUGAUGCUCAUAAACCCAAAAGGAAGAGACGGCCAAAGAAGAAGAAGCAACAGGCGUGAUCGGGUUUCUCAGCUACACUCGCCUGAUUCUUUCUUGCUGCAGCGGUCUCAUUGGUUGGAUCUAAUGCAUACAUAUAUAUAGAUUUUGGUGUGGUCAUGAAAUGCUAAGAGACAGAUGUUGGUUGCUUUUUGCUUUUGAAAUGGAAAGUUGUAAACCCUAUAAACUUUGGGGUCUAAAGUCCCUUUUGAACAUCUGUGAAAAAAUCAAAUCAAUGUCUUCACUUAA